GCAGCGGCCAGCGAGGAGCAGCAGACAUGUGGCAGGAGCUCCUUCCGAGUGCCUGGGAGAGCGUCUUGUCGCGGAUCAGGUCUUUUGAAUAUUCUCAAAAGAAUGCCAUCCUGGUCCCCGUGGCCACCCUGGGGGUUGGAGGGAUGCUGGUUUACUGGCUGAGAUCUCGACACAAGAUCAAGACUAUUGAAAUGGGCGAUGGAUGGUGGGGCUCAGGUGAAAGACCCCUAAAAGGGAAAGAAGAUGAAAGUAUCCGUCCCUUCAAGAUUGAAACAUCUGACAAAGAAAUCGAGGACCUGCACCGCCGCCUUGAGCAGGCCCGCUACGCCCCGCCGCUGGAAGGGGCCGCCUUCCACUACGGCUUUCACUCCAGCCAAAAAAAAAGGCAAGGCCCCGCCUGCCACUACGGCUUCAACUCCAGCUACCUGCAGAAGGUGGUGGCCUACUGGAGGAACCAGUUCGACUGGCGCAAGCAAGUGGAAGUCCUGAACAAAUACCCCCAUUUCCAAACCACCAUUGAAGGGAUAGAUAUCCAUUUUAUCCAUGUGAAGCCCUCCUACGUCCCUCACGGUCGAGCUGUUCAACCUCUGCUGAUGGUCCACGGUUGGCCCGGCUCCUUCUACGAGUUCUACAAGAUCAUCCCCCUGCUCACAGAGCCGGCCGAGCACGGCCUGAAGGAGGGUGAUGUGGUGUUUGAGGUCAUCUGCCCAUCCAUCCCAGGCUAUGGCUUCUCGGAGGCACCACACCAGAAAGGCUUUGACAGCAUAGCAACUGCUCGGAUAUUUCAUAAGCUGAUGAACAGACUGGGCUUCAGGGAAUACUACCUACAGGGAGGAGACUGGGGAUCUCGUAUUACCACAAACAUGGCCCAGAUGCUGCCACAAUCUGUGAAAGGGCUUCAUCUGAAUCUCGUCUUCAUCGGCAGACCAGGUUUGAGAAGGAUGAUUUCUGUGAUGCUUGGGGUUUAUGUACCAUGGCUGGUAGGCCUCACUAGGGAAGAUGUUCGACGUAUGUACCCUUUCAUCCAAAAGAACAUACAUGAAGUUCUGCGAGAGUCUGGAUACUUACACAUCCAAGCCACCAAACCAGACACUGCAGGUUGUGGACUGAAUGACUCCCCUGUGGGGCUUGCUGCAUAUAUUUUGGAGAAGUUCUCUACCUGGACAGAUAAAUCAUUUCUGCAUCAAGAUGAUGGAGGCUUGGAAAGCAAAUACUCUCUUGAUGAGCUGUUGACCAACGUGAUGAUUUAUUGGGUGACGUCCUCCAUUGUGUCCUCAAUGCGAUUCUAUAAGGAGAACAUCUCCAAGGACCCUGGUCUAACUGCUGAUGCCAGGGUUGGAGUGCAUGUUCCCACAGGAAUUGCAGCUUUUCCUCAGGAGAUAAUACAUACACCACGCACCUGGGCAAAGCAUAUAUUCAAGAACAUCAUCACUUACUCUUACAUGCCACGUGGAGGGCAUUUUGCUGCCUUUGAGGAACCAAAGCUUCUAGCACAAGACAUCAUGCACUUUGUCAGAAAGGUGGAACAGCUGUGAACCUGCAGUUUAGACACAGACGUAGAAUGGAAGCAAGUU